AUAAAAAUUAAUUCUUGACAAAACAAUAGAUAAUUCGUCUUGGAAAAUCUACAGAUCACAAGGGUAUGCUUUAAGGAUUCGACCGGUGGCCAUCUCUAGGUACUAAUUUGUUGAGAAGAAUCAUUGAUGUAUUAUAAAAUUGCACUCUAAUUUUGGGUGUGAACACAUUUUUAUUAGGUAAAUAUAUAGCAAUGGAUGUGAAUUAUAAGUCGUAUUUUCGUUGGGAGGAUAUAAAACCCUUUUGCACUGAUCCAAGCCUACUGACGCUGGAGGCUCUGUUUAUAUUGCUGACAUUAUGCAAUGUGUACGUUGUACAUACAUUGUUUGUCACAGUACUUCCAGCUCCAUUGUUUAUAACAUGGUGGCAACUCACCCAAGGCUUAUGGACAGCUUGGGUUUUGGGUGAUUUUGGUGCAGCAUUUCCCAAAUUGGCAUAUUUUCCACCAAUUGCCAUUGAAUAUAGGUUGCUAAGGGAUUUGUUUUUGCCUACAAUAUCUUAUGUAUCUAUGUUAUCAUCGGCAAAUGUGUUAUUGUCAAAGGCACCAACAACAGCAGCCUUUCCUAUUUUGGCAGCCGGAGCUGUGGCAGCUCAUCAUGCAGCAAGGUUUGUAGCUUGUGGAGAGGAGUAUAUGCCAAUGAGAUGGAAAGCAAUUGGAUUUUUGCUUCUUGCAUUUGUAUUGGGAUCAACUGACCCUAAAAUUGCUCCGGGAAGUGUAAUUACUGCAGCUUGCGUUUACGCCUUUUUGGCUGCUAUAUUCCGUGCUGGUUGCAUGGAAAGGGCACUUCAUAUUGUUAAUGGAAAGGGUAAUUCAUUACACAACCAUCAACAUCUCCUUGGUUCUAUUUUGCUCCCAAUUGCAAUCAUUUUUGGUGGAGAAAUCAAGGUUUUGACUGAAAGUUUGCCCUUUGAUUUGAUAAAUCCUAGAACAUGGCAAGUUUGGGGUUGUUUUUUCACCGUUGGUGCACUACCUUUCGUUAAGAAUGUUGUUUCUAAUAGGCUAAUUAGACAGACUGGUCAAGCUCCAUGGCGUUGUUUAGAGUUAAUUUCAGUUGCUUUGCUCUUUGUAAUAGGUUCUGUACAACAAUCUCCAUCAUGGCAGGCUAUAUUGGCCACAUGUUUCGUGUUAGUUGGUCGUCUUUUGGGAGCUUUUGAUGUUAUAAAGAAUCUGCAAUCCGAUGAUGAUCCUAUAGAUUUAUAUACUCAGGCGAGCAGACCAUUCCUUGUGCACGGUGAAAGCAGUUUGGAAGGCAGUGCUCGCAGUGAAUCUGAAGCAUAA